CUGGGGAAAGGAGGCAAAGGUGACUUGAGCUGUGGGCCCUGCUGGUCACUCCCUGGGCCUCCGCUGGAUGUUGAUUCCACAGAAGAGAAACUUCUCCAUUGCUGCCCCGGCUUACAGGUUCACUGAUUACUGGCUUCUGGUGUAACCUGAGGCCAAUCCUUCCUCCCGGACUGGCUGGAAGCUGACUUGAGCUCAUCAUUUUCCGCUGCUCUUCGAUGCUAAGUUCUUGGGGGAAACAGGAGUAUCUAAUAGGUCUCUGCUGACUGUCAGUUAAGGACAUUCCUUGGGUCUGCAGAACGGACAGAUCAAGGGGGCUGGAGAAGGGCAGGCAGAAGAUUCCGAGGAUUCUGAGGGCUGAGAGUGUUGCUGUUUUACAAUGGAUCCUCCUGCCAGUCCUAACCUCCAGACUUCAACACCCAAUGGAAAUAUCAACUUGGGACCUUCAGCAAAUCCAAAUGCAAGACCAACAGACUUUGAUUUUCUGAAAGUGAUUGGAAAGGGGAACUAUGGAAAAGUUCUCUUGGCCAAAAGGAAGUCUGAUGGAAAGUUUUAUGCUGUCAAAGUCUUACAGAAAAAAUCCAUCUUGAAAAAGAAAGAGCAAAAUCACAUCAUGGCAGAACGUAAUGUGCUCCUAAAGAAUGUGACGCACCCUUUCCUGGUGGGCCUCCGCUACUCCUUUCAGACUUCAGAGAAGCUCUAUUUUGUCCUAGACUACGUCAAUGGAGGAGAGCUCUUCUUCCACUUGCAGAGAGAGCACUGUUUUCUAGAACCUCGAGCUCGAUUUUAUGCUGCUGAGGUGGCCAGUGCUAUAGGCUACUUGCAUUCUCUGAACAUCAUCUACAGGGACUUGAAACCAGAGAACAUUCUCUUGGAUUGCCAGGGCCAUGUUGUAUUGACUGAUUUUGGGCUUUGUAAAGAAGGAAUGGAACCAGAAGAAACCACAUCUACUUUCUGUGGCACCCCAGAGUAUUUGGCUCCAGAAGUACUGAGAAAACAACCUUAUGACCGAACAGUAGAUUGGUGGUGUUUGGGAGCUGUUCUUUAUGAAAUGCUCUGUGGCUUGCCACCUUUCUACAGCCGAGAUGUUUCUGAAAUGUAUGAGAACAUCCUUCACAAGCCUCUCCAGAUCCAAGGAGGCAAGACGGUGGCAGCCUGUGAUCUCCUGCAUGGCCUUCUCCACAAGGAUCAGAAGAAAAGGCUGGGUGCCAAAGCAGAUUUUCUUGAGAUAAAGAAUCAUGUCUUCUUCAGUCCAAUAAACUGGGAUGAUUUAUAUCACAAGAGACUCACUCCUCCUUUCAACCCAAAUGUGGUGGGGCCGGCUGACUUAAGACACUUCGAUCCAGAGUUCACUAAAGAGGCAAUUUCUAGCUCUAUUGGACAUACACCGGACUUAACAGCCAGCAGCUGUGGGGCUUCAAGUGCAUUUUUAGGCUUUUCUUAUGCACCUGGGGAUGAGAAUUUUUAAGACUGCUAUUAAGCCCAGGCAUCACCUCUAAGAAGGUGCUCAUGCUAUUUGUCUUUUGAGUCAAAUUGCUCUGUCCAAAAGUGGAAGAUAUGAUAAGUAUACUGUACAUGUCCCAAUUUUCUCCUGUUGACCAUACAGCACUCUUAGGUGUUGCAUCAGAAUGGUAUUCAUAUUUGAUGGAAUAAAACUCAUCCAGAAGGAAGGAAAGAACAGAGGAAGAAAGAAAGGAGGAAAAAAAGGAUAAGGUGGGAUAUAUAAAGCCUACUAAGGAUUAGCCUUACCUUAGUUAUGGUGGCAGUGAUGGGCUACCACCAUGAUUUAUCAUCUCUUUUAGAAACUUACCUUUGCCAUUUCCCCUAACAGUGGUCAAGUACUGGUGAUUGAUGUAUAAGACACUCAUUUGCAAACCAGAAAGCCAACUUAUUAAUAUACAUUAGGAAGGGGAAGUCUAGGUGGCUCAGUGGAUUGAGAGCUAAGCCUAGAGAUGGGAGGUUCUGGGUUUCAGUGUGGCCUCAGACACUUCCUAACUGUGUGACCCUGGGCAAGUCACUUAAUCUCCAUUGCCUAGUCCUUACUGGUCUUCUGCUUUGGAACCAGUACACAGUAUUGAUUCUAAGAUGGAAGGUAAGGUUUUAAAAAAAAUGCAAGAGGAGGCAUAACAUGCCUCAAAACCAGUAACAGUUUUAAAUGAGUAAAUUUAAAUGAGUGAAAUGAUCGAAAUCACUUGGAAUUAUGCUAGAUCUGAAUAUCAUACCUGAGAACAAUGAAAACACUAAUUGUGACUAGAGGACCAAUAAUGAAAUAUAUCUCUCUCUUCUCAGCGGAGAGAUGGUAGAAACCAGUGUGGAAUGAGGCCUAUAUUAUUCACAAAGUCAAUAUACCAUUGUUUUGCUCAGUUAUAAUGAUAUAACAGUAGUUAAUAUUUAUAUAGUCUUUAAAGUUUAUGAAGCACUUUCCAUACAUUAUCUCAUUUGAGCCUUUGUGGUAGGUACAACCGGCAUCGUACAACUAAGGCAUAGAGAGGUUAAGUGACUGCCUGGGGUCACAUAAUUAAGAACAUUUCAGAGUCAGAUUCUGAAUCCAGAUCUUCUUGACCAAUACAUGACUCACUAUGUGUCUUUACUUUGUUAAGGGAGGUCCUAUUUAGGAAAUGAUGGCAAUUUUUUGAAAAGCAUUAAUAAAACAUUAAAAACAUGAUUCUAUCAUGUAAAACAGAAAAA